GAGCAGCGCCAUUACAAGUGGGUGGCUUUUUUCUAGACCUCCUUCAGGCUGAUCCUACUUUACCUGGUGGAUUUACUUGUGUUAGCUGAGUAUCCAGCUUGAAACGGCUUUGAUUAGAUUCCAGUCCAGCACAACAUGAUGGCUGAGUCUGGUUUCCCUUUACCACCAGAGGUUUUCUGUCCUCUGUGUGUGGAUGGCCUGAGAGAUCCAGUCACCAUCCCCUGUGGCGACACUUACUGUCUGGAGUGCAUCAAGAUUUACUGGGAUCAGUUCGACCACAUGGGGGUCUACAGCUGCCCGCAGUGCCGGGCCACCUUCACGCCGCGUCCUGUCCUGAGACGUAACCUCCCCGAUGUCAACCACGAGCCUCGGCAGCAUCUUCCAGAGCUCACUCCUUUCCCCGACAUGAACCGCGAAUCCUUCUGCGACUUCUGUGUCGGCCGACGCAACAAGGCUGUCAAGUCGUGUCUCAUGUGCCUGGCUUACUACUGUGAAAUACACGUCAAGCCUCAUUAUGAGUCAUCUACGUUCAAGAGGCACAAACUGGUGGAUGAGACGGGACACCUGGACAGGAAGAUCUGCCCCCAGCAUGAAAAAGGUCUGGAGCUGUUCUGCCGCUCUGAUCAGAUGUGUAUCUGCGUGCUCUGCACUGUCAGAGAGCACCGCAGCCACAACAUCGCUUCUGCGGAAGAAGAACGGGUUGAGAAACAAAAAGUCCUGGUGGUCACCCAGUCAGAAGUGCAGCAUAUCAUUCAGGAGAGGAUGAAGGAGCUGCAGGAGCUCAAGCAUAAUGUGGAUGUUCUGAAGAGUUGUGCUCAGCGAGCGCAGGCCGAGAGCGAUAAGACCUUUCAUGAAAUGCUGCAAGCGGUGGAGCGCUGGAAGGCUGAAAUCCAUCAGAUGAUAAUGGCCAACAUGCAGGCAGCCAUGUCUCAGGCUGAGGGUUACGUGGACCGCCUGGAGCAGGAGAUUCAGGAGCUACAGCGGAGGGACGCAGAACUACGGCAGAUCCUCGAAACGGAGGAUAAUAUUCACUUUCUGCAGAAUUUUCCAACCCUGUGCAUUCCUCCUGAGGCCAUGGUGCCCAAAGUGCUCAUCAACCCUCAGUUCUCUUUUGGAGAGAUGAGUAAAACAGCUCUAGAAAUGAAAGAACAUCUGGAUGACGUCUGCAAAAAGGAACUGAGCAAAAUCUCCAAAACAGUCAGUGAAACUCCAGUCUACAUACUUUUGCCAAGAAAUGGAGACAAACGAGUCAAAGUUCCUUCCAGGGUAGAUUUUCAGGAGCCAAAAACCAGACCAGAUUUCCUGAGAUAUUCCUGCAAGAUGAGCUUUGAUCCCAACACCGUGUACAAGGAGCUGGUCCUGUCAGACGGGAAUCAGAAGGUCACCCGGAAGAAAGCGGCCCAAUUUUAUCCGGAUCAUCCGGAGCGUUUCGACGGCUUCUCCCAGGUCCUGUGCAAAGAGCCUCUGGCAGGUUUCAGGUUCUACUGGGAGGCAGAGUGGGGCGGAGAGUUCUCCAUAGGGGUGGCCUAUAAAAGCAUCAGCCGCAAGGGGAAGAACUCGCACAGCCUGCUGGGAUACAACGACAAGUCCUGGAGCCUCCUCUGCUCCGACUCAGGUUAUUCUGCCUGGCACAACAAGGUAGACAGAGACCUUCCCCGCACUCCCAGAGCCACUCGAAUCGGUGUUUACCUGGACUAUGCAGGCAACACUGUUUCGUUUUACUCAGUAUCUGAGAAUAUGGAGCUCAUCCACAAAUUCAAAGCGCAGUUCAGCGAGCCUCUGUAUGCCGGUUUUGGUGUGGGGGCUUCAGUCACGCUCUGCCAGCUAAAGCAGAAUCCAAUGGCUUAUUAAAACAGUGCAAGUUUUGCUUUGAGUUGCAAAUUCUCAAUGCAAAUUACAUGCAUCAUGAAUAAACAGUUUUUUUUUAUUCACAUCAGGUGAACUAAAAUAACUCCAUUUUAAAAUGUGGUUCUGGCAAACACAAAAACGGAACUUUCCCUUUUCUGUACUUAUCAUCCGUCUCUCUCACUUCACCCUGAGGUGUACGAAUACUUUUUCCCGUCGGUGUGUGAUAAAACCAUAAAUUACAUUAUGAGAGAGGUUAGUAUGAAUCACUGUGAAAAAGAACUUUUGAGCUAAACAGAUAAACAGCCUUCCUGAAAGGUAUAUAACUGGAGAUUCACACUUGUCACUUCAUGUAAAUUUACUAUAAACAAAUACCAAUAUAACUAAAAUGAUUUAAUGAUUCAUAUACUUAUAGUCUCAAUUUUACAUUAUUUACUGGCUGUAGUAUUUUAUAUUGUAGCUUAUCCAGGAGGGUUAAGCAAGAUAUUUUAAAGACGUCUUUACAUACAACCACAUAAAGCAGGACUUUACUGGAGGAGGGGUUUGGCAGCAGUGUGAAGCUGCUCUCCAGUUUGAAGAAUUUGCUUUUGCAUAAUCAAAUGUACAUUUGUUCAUUCCAACAAAAACAACUGACAGUGUGUAAAGUAACAUAAUCAACAUACAGCAUUUUUAUCUUCAUAAAAUAUUUCUAUAUUUCUACUUCGAAUAUAGCCAGUGUCUAUUUAAUGAUUCUCUUCAAAUGUGCUUAAAAACUAUGCUUUUUAGACAACAUCCUCACUCUGUUGAGAUAAAGAAGGGCUGGAACGAAGCCUGUUAAGACAAAGGUCCAGACAUUCACUGAGACAAACAAAGACAACAGGGGAGAAGGGAUGGCUGCUCUUAGGAUUGUCGCUGCUGUCAGUGGGACCUGAGAUAAAGCGGAAUGUACGAGAUUAAUCAAAAUGAUCUUGAAAGCCCUUCUCUUAAUGGCAUUUCCUUUUUGUCGGUCUUUCUGUCCAUCUCCUGGUCCGGGAUGUUUCAGAGCUCUGAGAACUGAUGCGCAGCAAAAACUCAUCAGCAACAUGAAGCACAGAUACAAAGCUGUUAUCAUGUAGAAGACUUCUCUUUUGAAAUCGAACGCAGUGGUGAUGAUGGACAAAAUGAACACAAUCAGCCAGGACGCGCAGCCACAGCUCAGCCUGUAUCUCAGCGGUUUAUACGUGAGGAAAGUCACUGGAUGGAUCGUUGCCAGAUACUGCUCCGUGCAGAGGUAGCUCUGUGCCAGCGGUCGCGCGAUUAGGAACAUUGAAGUGGUGAACAGAAACAUCAUCCCGAAGAAACAAUUCGAGAAGAAGGUUUUGAGGAGAUACCAGAUGAAAAUGAGAGAGAAAAUGAUCUCGCCCACCAUUUGGUUGAGAGGAAUAAAAUCAGAGGCGAUCUUUUCCCGCCGUCUUCUCAGUAUGAUCCACAGCACAUAGCCGUUGAUGGGCAGAGCAAAGAGAAGGGACGCUGCAUAUGCAGCCAUCCUUAAAGCUUCCCCCGCAGAGUCCACGUGUUGAUCGAGCAAGAAAGGAGACGAAGUAUCGUUGAUGCUGCAAUCAUCCAUUUUCCCUCUGAUAAUAAACAUUACAGUCACAAACUGGGCUGUUAAACAAGGCAUUCUGUAUAUUUGUAUUUAAUGUAACAUUUAAAACUUGUUGAUCACUGUCAGUUAUCUCUGUAAAGAACAUACACAAAAGUAAAAUAUUUAAUGUAAUUUACUUUUAUUUGCUUGUUUAUUUGUAGGAGUGAGUGUGUUGAUUGUUAAGAUUGUGAGCAAGAGAUGAAUCAUUCUGUCACUGAGGAAUCUAUCUCAUUCAUCAUCAUGUAUUUUCAUACCGAACCUUCUGAAAUAUAAUGUAAAGCUCUUUGUUUGACAAAGCUUCAUGAAGUUAUUUUUACUCACUUUUCAUUACCUAAUAAAUCAUCACUGCUACCAAUAUGCAGUA